AAUACGGGUGAAACUUGAGAUGAAUGUUAAUGUGAGUCGGGUAAAUUCUUAGCACCCUCCUAUUCCCAUGUACAGUAUUGUGACUCUCAAAAUACGUAUAAAUGUACGCCUCUUUCCUCGACAAAGUUGAAAGUUCCCGAUCUGAUUUCCCUUUUUGCCACGUGUCAAUUAGAUACACUGUGGACACCAGAGAUGCCACCUUUUCCCUCUAGCAAAGUCAAACUUGAUUUCCCUAUUUCACAGAAAACUCCCAAACCAAACCCUAAUUCCCCUUUCCCUGCCACCCAAUUUUGGUAAAAAAAAAAAGGAAAAGAAAAAAGAGGCAGUUCAAUUUCGAGAAAAAUAUGUCCUUUCUCGGCGACACGAAGCCGCCCGGCGCCGCCGACCCACGAGUUCCGUUGAUGAAUCUGUCAGCCGUCCAAGCCCGCAUGGACAAUCUUCAGCAAUUCCUGUCUGCUUCAGUGAGCAGCAACACUCCGAUCGGCCAGCCUCAAAUGGAAAUGGUGUCCGCGGAGAUCGCCUCCGCGAUUCACCAGAUCAUAGUCAAUGGCGCCGCCCUUUUGUCUUGCACGCCAUCUGUUUGUUCAAAUGACGCAGUGAAUCCGAAGGCGGAGGAGGAGGAGGAUUACGAGAUAAUUGAGAUGGACGCGGUGGAGCUGCUGGCGGAGCACGUCCAUUUCUGCGAGAUUUGCGGGAAGGGGUUCAAGAGGGACGCGAAUCUGCGGAUGCACAUGCGGGCGCACGGGAAUCAGUUCAAGACCCCGGAGGCGUUGGCGAAGCCGGAAAAGGGCGGCGGUCGGAAGACGAGGUUUUCGUGCCCUUACGUCGGGUGUAACAGGAACAGGCAGCACGGGAAGUUCAGGGCGCUGAAGAGCGCAGUUUGUGUGAAGAAUCACUUCAAGAGGAGCCAUUGCCCCAAGAUGUAUUCGUGCGAUCGCUGCCAUAAGAAGAGCUUCUCGGUGAUGGCGGAUUUGAAGAGCCACUUGAAGCAUUGUGGGGAGACCAAAUGGAGGUGUUCUUGUGGGACCAGCUUCUCGCGGAAGGAUAAGCUCUUCGGACACAUGGCGCUCUUCGAGGGCCACAUGCCGGCGCUGCAGCUGGAGGACAAACGGAGGAAGCCGCCGGUGGCGGAGCUCAAUGAGGACGUCUUGUUUGAUGGGUUGAUGGAUGGAUUUGGAUCCAUUGAUUAUAUUUGCUUUGACGAUGUGUUGAAUUCCACCUCUGCUUCGGGCUUGUAAUAGUAGAAGAAAAGACUUGAUUUUUUUUAUUUUAUUUUUAUUUUAGAGCAAAGGGAAUUUUUAUUUUUAUUUUGCAAAGGGGAAAUAUUACUACUGAA